AUGAAUCCUGACACGGCGCACAGAAGGGUUUCGAGUGAUAUCAUCAGGCAGAUUGGCAGAUUUUCGUCGUGCGAUAUUGCAGAUGCGUUGAUCAGAUUAAAACAUCCCAGUGGUGGUUAUUUACCAGACAUCAACCUUCAAACAGCCAACCAUACAGAUUCAAUUCCUUCCAAGUUAUGCGGUGAAGCCUUCACGGUCGAAAUGGUCCCAGUUACGGAUACCGACUCUCCUCAUCUAACGCAGCAGUAUGUUGACGCUGGGGUAACGGAUACAGUCAUGGUAAUCUCCAGUCCGGCAAACUCGAAGAGUGCCGUCUGGGGAGGUUUGAUGACCGCAAGGGCUAAGAUCAAGGGCAUUAAGGGUGUUGUUAUUGACGGUCGCUGUCGCGAUCUGGCAGAACACAGGGCAGCUGAUUACCUAAUCUUUGCCAGGGGACACUCAAUUUUGGGGCAAUCGACUUUCACCCGUCCUUCUAGAAUUCAAGUUCCUAUCGCGAUCUAUCCGGUCUGUGAUAAUUUUGGGAGCCCCCAUGCGGGCAAGCAAGUUAGCUUUCCACCGACCACUGUUAACCCACACGACGUCAUCUUGGGAGAUGAAGAUGGUGUGGUGGUCAUUCCAUACGCGGACAUCGAAGAGGUUAUCAACCUGUGCGUUAAAAGCACACAAGUUGAUCAACAAUGCCUAGAGGCUCUCAAAGCUGGUCAAACUACUGCCGAGACUUUUUCCAGAUUUCGUGGGAAAUGA